UAAUAUAAAAAAGGGAAACGCUCGGUACAGAUCACUGGAUACAUUUCCUUUGUGGUAAUUAUUACAUUUGCACGUGGAUUGUACGCUGGUCGUGAGUUGGUCGUUUGUGCGGUCUGCUUCUCCAGGCAGGUGUUGCGAAUUCUCUUAUAUGGAGAAAACCAACAACGAGCUGGACUGCGUUAUACUACAAGGAACAAAUACGGAAGAAAAGAAUAAGUUGAAUAUUAUUAGAAGGAAAUUGCUUAAAAGUACAGAUUUUUUACGCACCGGGUAUCGAAAUCGACAACGUAAGAAGGUCGCUCCUCUAAUAACAACUUCCAAACAGAGUGAACUAAUUCGAAAAACAAAAAUGAAGAAUAAAAUCAAAUUAGAAAGGAAGAAAGCCAUAAACACAGAAAACGUUCAACUUCUUGUACAAAAUGAAAGUCGAGAUGAUAGCAGUGAAGAAGAAGACGAUUGGGAUUCGUCAUCUAAUUCCAAUGUAGAAUAUGAAAUUGAACAAUUAUUUCGCGAAGUUUACCAACGAUGCAUAAAUUUAGUCGGCCAAGACAUCAACAACAAAAUAGGAAGAAAUACCAUCGUCAGUUACUUGAAACGAGCCUUCGAAUAUUCUGAUCAUCGAUCAGAAAUGUUGAUCAGGGAUUCCCAAAAUAAACAAUAUCCAAAAUCAAUACUGAAAGUGAAUGUUCUCAAAACCAGAGAUGUUCUCCCCAAGGAUGUGUUUAGUGUAGGUGAUUUAUUUUUCAUAAUUUGGAUCUCUUCCGACCCAUCGAAGUAUUACACUGGGAAAAUAACGAAAACCAAAGUGAAUCCGAAUAAAGAUCAAACGUUCAAGCUACCUUUUUCAUCAAGUGCCAAAGACGUUUUACAUUUAGAGCUAAGAGAUAUCAUUCCAUCUGAAGAUAAGUCCAUCGAAGAAAGUGAACGUAUCUCGGAGCCUAUUGGAUCUGCACAAAUAAUGCUAAAAGAUAUAUUUUCUGCUGGUCAAACAAAAUGGAUUACACUACAAAGACCUUCCCAGAGUACCGGGUUUGGUAAAAUUCAGUUAAGGAUGAUGUUUAGUUCUGAGGAAAACGUGAAGCUUGCCUUUGAACGACAUAGAUGUUUAUUGAAAAUACUCUUUCGACGCUUGCUAAUAGAAAGAAAUGAUAAUUUGAAUGGCUGGAAGGGAACUUUCAGUCCAGAAGCUGAAUUAAUACUGAAACAGCAUUUCAUUCAAAGUAAUUUAACCAGCCAAGAUGACCUUUUUGCCAAAUGGGCAGCGUACAUUGAUGUAAUUGAUAGUGAAUCUGUUAAUUUUGACACUUUUGAUAUAUUGCUGGAUGACUUGCUGUUGACUUGCGAUAUAAAUUCUACAACUAAACAGAAAAAGAGAUAUUUUUGGAAUGCUGUGAAAAAGUUGAUGCCAUUAUGCUAUGAACAUGUGAAAAAUUUUAGGAAAGCUGGACUUAAUGAAAAAGAAACGUUUGGCAAAUUGUAUGCGAUUUUAAGCAUCCUUCAUAACAUCUCAAACUGUAAAAUACCUGCCAACCUGAACCUUUUUCCAUCUGAACUCUACACGUGGAUUGAAAACACUAAACGUCUAACUUUCCAAACAGUAUUACACGAAGCUGUUGUUCAAGGAGCUUGUGAAUGGUUCGAGUUUCUAGUGAAUGACAACAGUCCUGGAAAUGAUUCUGAUGAAGCAAAAUUAACUCAGAUGAACAAAGUAGCUGAAGCUGUGGUACAGGAUCUCGAGGAUGGAAUGGAUUUUCAUGGAAUAUUUGCAAAGAAACAAAUCGUCUCAUUCUGUAAAACAAUUUUUUGCGUUUACGAAGAAAAGAUUACUGAAAUGAUGGAAACAUCUGUUCCAAAAAUAUGUCAAGGAAUAAAACAAUUAAACCUCACAGAAUGUUACCGAGGAAACAUGGACUAUAAUUCUUGCUCGCUGGGCAGUUUAACGUGCGACUUGUUCUUCAAAAUUCAAAAAUUCCAUAAAAUUGGAGCCGAUAUUUUCUCUAUUGAUGUCGAUACCCUUGAGAAAUUUCCCUCGCGUAAAUUAUUUCACAAAUGGUUUUUGUCGGCGGUUAAUACGUGGUUGGAUAUUGUCAUUUUAAGAUCCAUGCGAAAGAUUGAAGAUGCAGUUGAGAUGGAGUAUUUCGUUCCAGUUGAUGAGAUGGUUCUGCACAGCAGCUCUGCUGAUGAUGUGUUGAAUGUUGUGUAUCAAGUGAAAAAGUUUUGGGAUCAGCUGGAAUGGCCAGAUGUGAAAGACUCCUAUUUCUUUCUAGUCAAAAUAAUUCAAGAUGUCUCUGCUGCUGUAAUGCAUUAUGCUGAUCUCACUAUAAAUAAAAUCAACAGUGGGGACAAAGAAACAAAAACCUAUUCAAUCAACGAUUGGUGUGUAGCAAUCAUUAACGUUGACUUCGUAUUCCAUGAAAUUCGACCUCUGGCCUCAGAACUAGGAGCUGAUAAGCUAUUACACUCGUUAUCCGAUUACAGCAGUAUGACUGCUGCUGAUCGUUGUCAACGCACUUUAGACGAAAUGAUUAAAAAUUCGUUCGAGGGUAUAAAUAAAAAAAUAAUCAACCUGCUGGAAACAUUUUCUAAAAAAAUGGAACCAUCGAUCGAGAGAUUCCUUCAAGAAGGUGCCGAGCUAUUACAUCAGCAACCCAAAGUCAUCGAUUAUUUGAAAGAAUUUUUGGACGAGAAUUUAAUAAAUUUAAAUUCGAAACUGAAUUCAGAAAUUUUCCACCACUUACUGGAUAUGCUAUGGGAACAAAUAUCAGAGAUAUUGGAUCGUUUGAUUGAAAAUGGAGAAGAGAAAAAACAACCAACCUCGUACUUCUUGAAUUUAAAAGAAACUCUUCACAUCCUAAUUGGAUUUUUCAAAAUUGAAGAAAAAGUUCCCGAAGAAGAGAUUGAAAAGUUGCGAGGUAUUUUAGCCAAGAACGAAAGAAGACUGACUCUUCUCAGCACCAAUACGGCACGUCUAAUGCAUAUGUAUCACAUGGAACGAUGGCAAGAGCAGGAGCAACUGGAAGAUGCCAAAAAUGGCAUAUUAACGGUGGAAGUGCAAAUUGAAGGCGAUAAUUUGAAUAUAGAAAUAUUAGGAGCUUCUAAUGUUAUUCCUAUGGAUUCGAAUGGUCAAAGCGAUCCGUAUGUUCGCGUAGAACUAUUACCCUUGCACAAAUUCUCAUUUUUCAGUUAUAAAACGAAAAUACUCAAGAAAACAUUGUACCCAGUGUUUGAAGAAAAAUUCACAGUCCCUCUUACUAAAGAUCAACUAGGAUUGAAUAACGCUUUGAUUAAGUUUAUAGUCAAAGAUCACGAUCUGUGUAAAAACAGAUAUAUGGCUGAUGCUUUCAUACGUCUGACUGAUGUUAUUGGUACAAGUCAACCCAAAUUAUAUAAUCUGAAGUUGAAUCGUCCAAAUCCUGAAAACGAUAUUUUAAAGUUGCUGGAUGCGAGAAAAAUUAAUGAUAAGCUGGCAAGAAUUUUUCUCAAAAAAGAAAAAUCCAGAGUCUAGAUAUUGACUCAAUAGUUUAAACGGUUGCGAAAUAAAAUAACUGUUGAUUUUUUUUUUACAAAAACUCGUGGGCUUUAUUACAUUAUUAUUGUGAUAUUUUUAUUUAGAAGAUGUUUCUACUAGUGAUUCAUGAAUUAUUUUUAUACCUAUUGUUUGUAUUUUUAUUUUUAUCUAUAAAAUAAAGCUAA